UGACAGUUGUUGAACAUCCAUGACAUAUUACAUCAGUUAAAGAAAAAUUUGCUUGAUAGAACAUUGGACGGAUUUUUUACCUAGCACUGUUACACAUCAUUAUGAGUGGAUACCAUGUUUAUAACAUAUUUAGCGGUGAUCUAUAGUUGUUUUGGUUCUGUUUAUUUAGAUUAUAUAUAUUACAAGAAUUUAGAUCGUAGAUGUUUGCCGUAUUAUGACUGUCCUCCUGGUCAUGAAAUUCUGCCAUGUUCGGAGAACUUUCAAAAGGAUAUAUGUCAUAAAUGCAAUAAAGGAUAUAAGCAGCCUGAUCUUAUUUCCUCUACUGGGUGGAUAAAUGAAACUAAAUGUUUUAAACCUAUCUCUCACUGUUUAGCUCACGAUAUAACAUAUAGCCGAAAUAAAUAUCAGAAUGCUUUCUGUGACAGUGUGAGUGGAUGUAAAUGCAACACCUAUUCAUGUUUCUAUGGUGACCCAUGUCUCUGUGUAACAAAACCUAAUUGUGGAAUAGGUAAAACUUUGACAGAUUCGGGAGAUUGUGUUCCUUGUCCUGUGAACACCUAUAAACAUGACACUGGUUGUGGCCCUUGUCGGAGGAUCAACCAAAGAACCGCUGUAGUAAUUCACAGUACACAGCAACCUCUAUACUCAGAAAGAUCAACCCUUGUGUUUGCAUCAAUCUCCCCACAAUGUACGUAUGUUUGUUAUAAUGACGCGAAUGAACAGUAG